AAGGCUGUGGAAAAUUGACAGCGCCAUUGCAAAUUCCAACGCCAUCCAGUUUGCUGUCAAAGUCAUUUUGGAAUUUUGUCUAUUAUUUUGUCAUGCGCAUUUGAAAUAAUUGAAUAAUUUAUCUGUGAGGUUAAACUUUUUUAUCCCCGGCACCGGUGGAUUUAAGUCUUCCAUUCCAAGAGCUUCGAAAUUCAGACUUUCAAAAUAGAUCCAUUGGAGCAUCUGUUAUUGCUCCUGUGGGAAUGAUUGGUUUUCUGUCCAGAAAACUCCCAGAUCCGAUAGUCAAAGGAUUGACUGCAGCAUUUUUUCGUUUGAGUGCCUGGCAGUCGAGCGGUAUGCAUAGUCAGUCAAAAGUGUUGGACUUGGAGGGAGUCAGAGUGAUUGCUCUUCCAGCCCUGCAAGAUAACUACAUGUACCUGGUUGUUGAUAAGGUGAGAAAAGAAGCCGCUGUGAUUGAUCCAGUGGAACCGGAAACGGUGAUUGACGCCGUCAAAAAUGAGGAUGUCACUUUGAAGGCUAUCCUCACCACUCAUCAUCAUUGGGAUCACUCAGGCGGUAAUAACAAGUUGGUGGAGCGAGUGCCGGGCCUGUUCGUGUACGGGGGCGACGACCGCGUGGAUGCACUGACGCAUCAGGUGGCUGACGGAGACCGCAUCCAACUCGGCGCAUUCAACUUUGACGUCAUCUCCACGCCCUGCCACACCAAGGGUCAUCUCUGCUACUACAUUCAGCCUGACUCCAACUCGGGCGCCGUGUUCACCGGUGAUACUCUGUUCAUUGCGGGCUGUGGCAAAUUCUUUGAAGGUACCGCUGAUCAGAUGUACAAGGCACUCGUCGAGAAAUUGGCAACGCUUCCCACUAACACUAAUGUAUUUUGUGGACACGAAUAUACGGUUACAAACUUGAAGUUCGCCAACCAUGUAGAGUCAAAUAACGAUGCAAUAAAAGAAAAACUGAGCUGGGCAAAAGAGCAGAGGAAACAGGAUCAACCAACUAUACCGUCGACAAUAGGAGAAGAGUUGGCAACCAAUCCGUUUAUGAGAGUCAAAGAAAAACCACUGCAAGAGUUUGCGAAUUCUUCAGAUCCUGUGACAACAAUGGGAUUUUUGCGCAAAAAGAAAGACAAUUUCAAACCUGAAGCAGACUGAUAAUAUAAUAUAUAUAUAUACAUAUUCAAUUCAAAUGAUAAUCAUUCAAUGCCUAAUCGUAUAACAAAUGAGCAGCAAUAACUUUAUUCGUAUAACAAAUGAGCAGCAAUAACUUUAUAACACUUUUAGAGUUAUUUUUUAAUAAACUAGCUAGGUAAUUACUUGUGAAAUCGUAAAUAAUUUUUAGAGGCGAUGUAAUGUUUUAUUGCAACUGGAAAUCUUAAUGGCCUAAUUGAUGAAUUGGUCAGAAUAUUUGUAUCUAUAAAUUUAUUUAUAUAAAAUAAAUAACUUUGAAUUAAUAUUAA